GAGGACAGGCACCCAGCAAAGUCUGCAUUGAAACCAAAAGAAAACCCAGAAAACCUCCUGAUCACCUGGUGUGCUCCAAGUAAAAGGUCGCCAUGAGUGGGGACGCGGAAAUGGAGUGUUUUGGCUCGGCGGCCAUAUACCUCCGCAAGCCAGAAAGGGAGCGAAUUGAAGCUCAGAACACGCCCUUUGAUGCUAAAACAGCCUAUUUUGUGUCUGAAGCUGCUGAGAUGUACCUCAAAGGAAAACUGAUUAAAAGAGAGGGCGGCAAAGCCACAGUGGAAACUCUGUGUGGAAAGUCUCUCACCGUGAAAGAAGACGAAGUCUUCCCAAUGAACCCUCCAAAGUUUGACAAGAUUGAGGACAUGGCCAUGAUGACCCACCUCAACGAGCCUGCUGUGCUGUAUAACCUCAAAGAGCGCUAUGCAGCAUGGAUGAUCUACACCUACUCUGGGUUGUUCUGCGUCACUGUGAACCCCUACAAGUGGCUGCCAGUGUAUGAUCAAUCGGUUGUUACAGCAUACAGGGGCAAAAAGAGGAUUGAAGCUCCACCCCACAUCUUCUCCAUCUCUGAUAACGCCUAUCAGUUCAUGCUCCAAGAUCGUGAGAAUCAGUCAAUCCUGAUUACCGGAGAAUCCGGUGCAGGAAAGACUGUCAAUACUAAACGUGUCAUCCAGUACUUUGCGACAAUCGCAGUAGCUUCUGGAAAGAAAGCUGAGCCAGUUCCUGGAAAAAUGCAGGGUUCGCUGGAAGAUCAGAUUAUUGCAGCCAACCCUCUGCUGGAAGCCUAUGGCAAUGCCAAAACAGUCAGGAAUGACAACUCAUCCCGCUUUGGUAAAUUCAUCAGAAUCCAUUUUGGAACAACUGGAAAGUUGGCUUCUGCUGAUAUUGAAACAUAUCUGCUGGAGAAAUCUCGUGUAACGUUCCAGCUGUCAGCUGAGAGGAGCUACCACAUCUUCUAUCAGCUCGCAACAGGCCACAAACCUGAGCUCAUAGAGGCUCUUCUGAUCACCACAAAUCCCUACGACUACCCCAUGAUCAGCCAGGGAGAAAUUACUGUUAAGAGCAUCAAUGACAUUGAAGAAUUCAUAGCCACUGAUACUGCCAUCGACAUCCUGGGUUUCACUGCAGAAGAGAAAGCAAGUAUAUUUAAGCUGACAGGAGCUGUGAUGCAUCACGGAAACAUGAAGUUCAAGCAGAAGCAGCGUGAAGAGCAAGCUGAGCCUGAUGGCACUGAGGUGGCUGAUAAAAUCGCCUACCUUAUGGGUCUGAACUCAGCAGAUUUGCUAAAAGCACUGUGCUACCCCCGUGUGAAGGUUGGGAAUGAGUUUGUGACCAAAGGUCAAACGGUUCCUCAGGUCAACAACGCUGUGAGCGCUCUCUGCAAGUCUGUCUAUGAGAAAAUGUUCUUGUGGAUGGUCGUCAGAAUCAAUGAGAUGCUGGAUACCAAACAGCCCAGAAGCUUUUUUAUUGGUGUCCUGGACAUUGCUGGCUUUGAAAUUUUUGAUUUCAACAGCUUGGAACAGCUGUGCAUCAACUUCACCAAUGAAAAACUGCAACAGUUCUUUAACCACCACAUGUUCGUCCUGGAGCAAGAGGAGUACAAGAAGGAGGGAAUUGAUUGGGAGUUCAUUGACUUCGGCAUGGACUUGGCUGCUUGCAUUGAGCUGAUUGAGAAGCCAAUGGGCAUCUUCUCCAUUCUUGAAGAGGAGUGUAUCGUCCCUAAAGCGACAGACAAUACCUUCAAAAGCAAACUGUAUGAUCAGCAUCUGGGGAAAAGCGCUCCCUUCCAGAAACCAAAACCUGCCAAAGGCAAAGCUGAGGCUCAUUUCUCUCUGGUCCACUAUGCUGGCACUGUUGACUACAAUGUUGUUGGCUGGUUGGACAAGAACAAAGACCCCCUGAAUGACACUGUGGUCCAGCUCUACCAGAAGUCAUCAACAAAACUGUUGUCUCACCUCUAUGCUACCCAUUCCUCAGCCGAAGGUGAGGGAGGCGGUGGAAAGAAAGGUGGCAAGAAGAAGGGUGGGUCUUUUCAGACUGUAUCUGCUCUGUUCAGGGAGAAUUUGGGCAAGCUGAUGACAAACCUGAGGAGCACUCAUCCUCAUUUUGUACGUUGCUUGAUUCCAAAUGAGUCAAAGACUCCUGGCCUGAUGGAGAACUUCCUGGUCAUCCACCAGUUGAGGUGUAACGGUGUGCUAGAGGGUAUCAGGAUCUGCAGGAAAGGUUUCCCCAGCAGAAUCCUCUACGGUGACUUCAAGCAGAGAUACAAAGUAUUGAAUGCCAGUGUCAUCCCUGAGGGACAAUUCAUCGACAACAAGAAGGCCUCGGAGAAACUCUUGGGCUCCAUUGAUGUUGACCAUACUCAGUACAAAUUUGGACACACAAAGGUGUUCUUCAAAGCAGGUUUACUGGGUACGCUUGAAGAAAUGCGAGAUGAAAAACUGGCUGAACUGGUCACAAUGACUCAGGCACUUUGCAGAGGAUUCCUUAUGAGGAGAGAAUUUGUCAAGAUGAUGGAACGCAGGGAAGCCAUUUAUUCCAUCCAGUACAACAUCCGUGCAUUCAUGAAUGUCAAAACAUGGCCAUGGAUGAAGCUGUACUUCAAGAUUAAGCCUCUGCUGAAGAGUGCGGAGACAGAGAAAGAGAUGGCCCAGAUGAAGGAGGACUUUACAAAAACAAAAGAGGAGCUAGCAAAGGCUCUAGCUAAGAAGAAAGAACUGGAGGAGAAGAUGGUUUCUCUCCUACAGGAGAAGAAUGACUUGCAGCUGCAAAUUCAAUCUGAGGGUGAAAACCUCGCUGAUGCAGAGGAAAGGUGUGAGGGGCUCAUUAAAGCAAAAAUCCAGCUUGAAGCCAAGCUCAAAGAGACAUCUGAGAGGCUGGAGGAUGAGGAGGAGAUCAAUGCUGAGCUGACUGCAAAGAAAAGGAAACUGGAGGAUGAGUGUUCUGAGUUAAAGAAAGACAUAGAUGACUUGGAGCUAACCCUGGCUAAAGUGGAAAAGGAGAAACAUGCCACUGAAAACAAGGUUAAAAACCUGGUUGAGGAAAUGGCUUCUCAAGAUGAGUCCAUUACCAAGUUAACCAAAGAGAAAAAAGCCCUCCAAGAGGCCCAUCAGCAGACCCUUGAUGAUCUGCAGGCAGAGGAAGACAAAGUCAACACUCUGACGAAGGCCAAGACCAAACUGGAACAGCAAGUCGAUGAUCUUGAAGGUUCACUGGAGCAAGAAAAGAAGCUCCGUAUGGACCUUGAGCGAGCUAAAAGGAAGCUUGAAGGAGACCUGAAAUUAGCCCAAGAAACCAUCAUGGACCUGGAGAAUGACAAGCAGCAGUCUGAAGAGAAAAUAAAGAAGAAGGACUUUGAAACGAGCCAGCUUCAAAGCAAAAUAGAGGAUGAGCAAGCUCUCUCUGCUCAGCUUCAGAAAAAGAUCAAAGAACUUCAGGCUCGUAUUGAGGAGCUGGAGGAGGAGAUCGAGGCUGAGAGAGCUGCUCGGGCCAAGGUGGAGAAGCAGAGGUCUGAUCUCUCUAGGGAACUUGAGGAGAUCAGCGAGAGGCUGGAAGAAGCUGGUGGAGCAACUGCAGCACAGAUUGAGAUGAACAAGAAGCGCGAGGCUGAGUUUCAGAAGCUGCGACGUGACCUCGAAGAGUCCACCCUGCAGCAUGAGGCCACUGCUGCUGCUCUCCGCAAGAAGCAGGCUGACAGUGUGGCAGAGCUGGGAGAGCAGAUAGAUAACCUCCAGAGAGUCAAACAGAAGCUGGAGAAAGAGAAAAGUGAAUACAAGAUGGAGAUUGAUGACCUCAGCAGCAACAUGGAGUCAAUUGCAAAAGCAAAGGCAAAUCUGGAGAAAAUGUGUCGCACACUUGAGGAUCAACUGAGUGAAGUUAAGAGCAAAAAUGAUGAAAAUGUGCGACAGCUCAAUGACAUUGGGGCGCAAAGGGCAAGACUGCAAACAGAGAAUGGGGAAUUCAGUCGCCAACUGGAGGAGAAAGAAGCCCUUAUUUCUCAGCUGACACGGAGCAAGCAAGCGUACACUCAGCAAAUUGAAGAGCUGAAGAGGCAUAUUGAAGAGGAAGUUAAAGCCAAGAACGCCCUGGCUCAUGCUGUCCAGUCGUCUCGUCAUGACUGUGAUCUGCUCAGAGAGCAGUAUGAGGAGGAGCAGGAGGCCAAAGCUGAGUUGCAGCGUUCAAUGUCCAAGGCUAACAGCGAGGUGGCUCAGUGGAGAACCAAAUAUGAGACUGAUGCCAUUCAACGCACUGAGGAGCUGGAGGAGGCCAAGAAGAAGCUCGCCCAGCGUCUUCAGGAUGCAGAGGAAUCUAUUGAGGCUGUGAAUGCAAAAUGUGCCUCUUUGGAAAAGACUAAACAGAGACUGCAGGGUGAAGUGGAGGAUCUGAUGAUCGACGUGGAGAGAGCUAACGCUCUGGCUGCUAACCUUGACAAGAAGCAGAGGAACUUUGACAAGGUUCUUGCCGAGUGGAAGCAGAAGUAUGAGGAGAGCCAGGCAGAGCUGGAGGGCGCUCAGAAGGAGGCUCGCUCUCUCAGCACUGAAAUGUUUAAGCUGAAAAAUUCAUAUGAAGAAUCUCUGGACCACCUGGAGACAUUAAAGAGAGAGAGCAAAAACCUGCAGCAGGAGAUCUCAGAUCUAACUGAGCAAAUUAGUGAGGGUGGAAAAACCAUUCACGAACUGGAGAAAGCAAAAAAGACUGUGGAGACAGAGAAGACAGAACUCCAAACUUCUCUUGAAGAGGCAGAGGCGACUCUGGAGCAUGAAGAGUCCAAGAUUCUCCGUGUUCAGCUUGAACUCACCCAAGUCAAGAGUGAAAUUGACAGAAAACUUGCAGAAAAAGAUGAGGAGAUUGAACAGAUCAAGAGGAACAGCCAGAGGGUGAUUGACUCCAUGCAGACCACUCUGGAUGCUGAGGUCAGGAGCAGGAACGAUGCCCUGAGAAUCAAGAAGAAGAUGGAGGGAGACCUCAAUGAGAUGGAGGUUCAGCUGAGUCAUGCUAACCGUCAGGCAGCUGAAGCCCAGAAACAGCUGAGAAACGUGCAGGGACAGCUUAAGGAUGCGCAACUGCACCUUGAUGAGGCUAUUAGAGGACAGGAUGAAAUGAGAGAGCAGGUUGCUAUGGUGGAGCGCAGGAACAACCUGAUGGUGGCUGAGAUCGAGGAGCUGAGAGCCGCACUAGAGCAGACAGAGAGAAGCCGCAAAGUGGCUGAACAGGAGCUGGUUGAUGCCAGCGAGCGUGUUGGACUGCUGCACUCUCAGAACACCAGCCUCAUCAAUACCAAGAAGAAGUUGGAGGGUGAUCUUGUUCAAAUCCAAGGUGAAGUGGAAGACGCCAUUCAAGAAGCAAGAAAUGCUGAAGAGAAGGCAAAGAAGGCCAUCACUGAUGCUGCCAUGAUGGCAGAAGAGUUGAAGAAGGAGCAGGACACCAGUGCUCACUUGGAGAGGAUGAAGAAGAACCUGGAAGUGACGGUGAAGGACCUGCAGCACCGCCUUGAUGAGGCUGAAAAUCUGGCCAUGAAGGGUGGAAAGAAGCAGCUCCAGAAACUGGAGGCCAGGGUUCGUGAACUUGAGACUGAAGUUGAUGCCGAACAGAGACGUGGUGCAGAUGCUAUCAAAGGUGUGCGGAAAUAUGAAAGAAGAGUGAAGGAGCUCACCUAUCAGACUGAGGAAGACAAGAAGAAUAUUGCCAGACUGCAGGAUCUGGUGGACAAGCUGCAGCUGAAAGUGAAAUCCUACAAGAGACAAGCUGAGGAGGCUGAGGAGCAGGCCAACACUCACCUGACAAGGUUCAGGAAGGUGCAGCAUGAGAUGGAGGAGGCUCAGGAACGUGCUGACAUCGCUGAGUCCCAGGUCAACAAGCUGAGGGCAAAGAGUCGUGAAAUUGGAAAAACCAAAGAUGGAGAGGAGUGAUGAAGAAAUCAAAGCUAUACAGUAACAAGAAGUCAUACAAUAUGUUUUUCUUGUUACUUCUUCACUUUAGCAUGUUAAGCAUGUUGUGAAAAUCUAAAAUCAAUAAAGCAAAAUUAUUUAUUUA